CCAGAUCUUCUAAUCCAGUUAAGGGAGACGUUUGGAUGAGCGCGUAGAAUAUCACCUCCAAUCCUGGCUAUGUUUCCCCAAUUAACCCUAGGGUACUCUCUUCUUCGAACAACUUGCACAACUACACUUGAAUCCGAUUCAACAAUCACUGGCCUUCCAUCAUAUCGCUCGAUUUGUUGAAGAACCUCGAUAAUUCCUAAAGCUUCAGCUUCCAUGGUCAUGCGAGCUCGAACGACGCGAGUUACAGCUCCGAGGCAACUUCCAUCUUCCUUCCUCACAACCCACCCUAAACCCCAACGACCAUCACCAUUACAGUGAGCAUCCACGUUGAUUUUUAAGGUGUUUGCGGGAGGAGGACUCCAGUUUGUUUCGUUACUACUAGUCGACGUGUUCGUGCGAACUGUGUUGCGGCCAAGCUCUGAAUUUGCUUUAUACUCCCUCAAGGGUAAAACAACUGAAUUUUCCGACGGAAAAUGGAUCAAAAUGUGAAACGGGAAUGGUCCAUCAAUGACUUUGAGAUUGGAAAGCCACUUGGGAGAGGGAAAUUCGGCAGAGUCUAUGUCGCCAGAGAAGUCAAGAGUAAAUUUGUGGUCGCAUUGAAGGUUAUCUUUAAGGAACAACUUGAAAAGUAUAGGAUUCACCAUCAACUAAGGAGGGAAAUGGAGAUACAGAUAAGUCUUAAACAUCCAAACAUCUUGAGUCUUUAUGGUUGGUUUCAUGAUUCCGAGCGCGUUAUCUUGAUUCUUGAAUAUGCUCAUAAUGGUGAGCUAUACAAAGAGCUUAGCAAAAGAGGCCGUUUCUCAGAGAAGCAAGCUGCAACGUACAUUUUCAGCCUCACAGAGGCAUUGGCAUAUUGUCACGAGAAGCAUGUUAUUCACAGGGAUAUCAAGCCUGAAAAUUUGUUGCUUGACCAUGAGGGUCGUCUUAAGAUUGCAGACUUUGGUUGGUCAGUACAAUCUAAAAGCAAAAGACAAACCAUGUGUGGUACAUUGGAUUAUUUAGCUCCUGAAAUGGUAGAAAACAAAGAUCAUGAUUAUGCUGUUGAUAACUGGACUCUUGGUAUCCUUUGUUAUGAGUUCCUCUAUGGUGUUCCUCCAUUUGAGGCUGAGAGUCAAGCUGAUACCUUUGAAAGGAUAAAAAAGGUUGAUUUAAGCUUCCCUCCUAGCCCUCUUGUUUCUUCUGAUGCCAAAAAUCUGAUAAGUCGGCUACUGGUAAAAGAUUCCUCAAGAAGGCUGUCACUCCAGAAGAUAAUGAAGCAUCCUUGGAUAAUCAAGAAUGCAAAUCGUAUGGGUGUCUGCUAAUAGUAUCUUUAGUCACUAAUGUAUUGCAAUAUAUAAUAUAAUAAUAGUACAAAUCUUGAUUGAAAUUUGAACUGCAAGAGAUUUGUUGAGCAACUGAGACAUUGAUUAAUUAAAAAGAAUUGCCAUAAAAUUCUCUAAAAAAUUUCAUUCAUUGUUUACUUGGAGAUUGAGGAUGAUGACAAAUGCAAGGGACGCCCUCCGCCUCGGUAUCCAGCACAAGAACUAAUUCAUUCAAGGACGCUAGUUCAACUCUAUCCAGAGGCGGAGCUGCCUUAGAGCUUGGCAAGGCUGCAGCCCGCCCCAAAUUAUUACAGUAUUUUUCUUAAGUAAUAUGUAUGUGUGUGCUAUAUAUAUAACAUGGAAUAGUUUGUGGCUUAGUGGUUGUAUUUUUGAUUUGCCUAU